AUGGAGAUACCGGAAGAAUUCGACAAGGAGCAAGCUCGAAAACUAAGAAUGCAAGCAAGUCAAUACAUCGUUCGAGGAGGAGUAUUGUAUCGAAAAAACAAACAAGUGCCCAACCAACCUUUAAGAGUCCUACAACGAAGCCAAGUCCCCUUGAUAUUACAAGCCAUGCACGAUGAUCCUGUGGCAGGACAUUUGGGAACCUACCCUGUGGACCUGAAUGAUGAGGAGCGAUAUGAAUCUUUGGUUCUGGCCCGAACAAUGAAAUUGAUAGACGAGCUAUUUGAGGCGCGAGUUCGAGCUCGAGAGAACAUACGCAAAUCGCAGGAAAGGCAAAAACAAUACCAUGAUCAACAGCACCCGCUACCAAGCUUCGAAAUCGGAGAUAAGGUCUUGAGGUACCGUGCUAAGCUGGGGCAGCAAUUAGGUGGUAAGCUGAAGGAAAAAUGGAUGGGACCCUAUUGGAUACAUGACGUAAUGGGAAAUGGCACUUAUAAACUGCGAACGAUGGGCCCUCGUGGAAAGGUGACGAAAGAGCACGUGCACGGGAAAACCACGGAAAAAGAAAUGGAGCAACGUCUAGAAACAUUGAGAAGAACGAUCCAGCAACUUGUCGACCGAAUGAACCCGGAGGAAGAAUUGGAGAUAAAAGGGACACGAGUAACGCUUCGCAACCAAGACCAAGAAAUAGGAGAGACGUUUGGAAGGACUACGAAGAAGAGCAAAGCCCAGCAAAUCCACGACGAUAUGCACCUGUACCUUCGAGACCUGGACCGCCCUGUGGGGUUUGGCCCCGUAUUACCUGUUGAAGUUGCUGGUGCAACCUGGAAUGAGAAACUAAUUCAGGCGUGCGAUGAUGUUGAAAACUUGAACCCUCGGGCCCAGUUUAAUGCCCAUGUUCUGGAAACGUACUAUAAAGUUGGCAGCCUAUUGUUUGAGUUUGGCUGGGGCGACGAAGCAAGGAAAAGGUUGGCUCAGCAACUCCCGGGUUCAAAGGGAAGCCUCGUCUGGAAGAUUGCCAAACGCACGUACUUGUUGUUCAGUACCCGUGGGGAAUAUA